CAGCUCCUUUGGCCCCAGACUUUGUCCGUCAUCAGGUGUCCAAGCAACAGAGAUCACACUUCCAUUCCACCUCUACAUCUCCACUCUUAAACACAAUGGUCUCUCAAACCGUCAAUAAGACGAACCUCCACCCUUCCGGCGUCCAGCCGAACAAGGAACACACGGAGAUUGAGGAAGAGCUCCAUGAUAAAGCACACAUCGACUAUGACCGUGUAGCCAUUAUUGCCAACCCUUCCGUCGCCGCUCUCUAUGAGGAUGCUCUCGUCUACGAGACUGGCUCUGCCAUCACAGCAUCAGGCGCUCUCUCAGCCUACUCGGGUGCAAAGACUGGCCGCUCGCCCUCAGACAAGCGCAUCGUAGAGGAAGACUCGUCGAAAAACGAAGUCUGGUGGGGCCCCGUUAACAAGCCCAUGAAGCCUGACGUCUGGCGCAUCAACCGCGAGCGAGCCAUUGACUUUCUCAACACACGGAAUCGCAUCUAUGUCGUCGAUGGAUUCGCCGGCUGGGACGAGCGCUACCGGAUACGCGUCCGCGUCGUGUGCGCUCGCGCCUACCAUGCCCUCUUCAUGCGCAACAUGUUGAUCCGUCCCUCAAGGGAAGAGCUGGAACACUUCCACCCCGACUAUGUCAUCUACAAUGCCGGUGCUUUCCCUGCAAACAGGUAUACCAGCGGCAUGACUUCGUCCACCUCGGUUGCCAUCAACUUUGCUGAGAAGGAGAUGGUCAUCCUCGGUACGGAAUAUGCCGGAGAGAUGAAGAAGGGCAUCUUCACAGUCCUCUUCUACGAGAUGCCUGUGAAGCACAACGUCCUUACCCUCCAUUCCUCGGCGAACGAGGGCAAGAGCGGCGAUGUUACCGUCUUCUUCGGUCUGUCCGGUACUGGCAAGACCACCCUCUCCGCCGAUCCCAAGCGUGCCCUGAUCGGUGACGACGAGCACUGCUGGAGCGACACCGGUGUCUUCAACAUCGAGGGCGGCUGCUACGCCAAGUGCAUUGGUCUCUCUGCCGAGAAGGAGCCCGACAUCUUCAACGCCAUCCGCUUCGGUUCCAUCCUCGAGAAUGUCGUUUUCGACCCGGUAAACCGUCUCGUCGACUACGACGACGACACCCUGACAGAGAACACCCGCUGUGCCUACCCCAUCGAGUACAUUGAGAACACCAAGAUCCCCUGCAUCUCAUCCGCGCAUCCCAAGAACAUCAUCCUCCUCACGUGCGACGCACGUGGUGUCCUACCCCCUAUCUCGAAACUCAACCCCGAGCAGACCAUGUAUCACUUCAUCUCCGGCUACACCUCCAAGAUGGCUGGCACUGAGCAAGGUAUCACCGAGCCGCAGGCCACCUUCUCGUCGUGCUUUGCUCAGCCCUUCCUCGCUCUUCACCCCAUGCGCUACGCCAAAAUGCUCGCAGAGAAGAUUCAAGAGCACAACACCAACGCAUGGCUCCUCAACACCGGCUGGGUCGGCGCGGGCGCUUCAACAGGAGGGAAAAGAUGCCCGUUAAAAUAUACUCGCGCCAUCCUCGACGCCAUCCAUUCGGGCGAGCUCGCCAAGGUUGAGUUCGAGACUUACGAGACCUUUGGUCUAUCCGUCCCCAAGACGUGCCCCAACGUUCCCGACGAGUUGCUCAACCCUGCCAAGAGCUGGAAUGGCACUGCAGACUUCAAGGGUGAGGUCGAGAAGCUUGGCAAGCUCUUCAUGGAGAACUUUAAGAAGUACGAGGAUGAGGCCACACCGGAAGUACUCAAGGCUGGCCCACAUGUGUGUUGCUGCCCCACCAAGCAUUAGAGUAUAAGGCGAUGAGGAAUUUCUUUCUUACAUUUUAACAGACUGACUAGCGAGCGCGCCCCCUUUUCCUGUUCCCCC